GUAAGUAACAAUAUAACUUGUUUACUAAUUAAAAGGGUAUUCUCGUCAUAAGAGCUAGUGAUUAUCUUUGAUCAGUAACGUCUUGGCUACUUUUAAAUACACGAAAAUACCCGAUUCGCUUUUCACGCGGCUGUUUUUUUGAUCGAGUUAGGGAGACAAACGAAGAAGAAAGGAAAGCGAGAUGGCUAGCGAGCUGAUCAACCGUCGACACGAGGCUGACCAACCAUCCGCCGAUGCUUACUACCCGAGACCUAUCAAACCGUGGUUCUCCGUUGUAACACGUCCGAUGCGUUACAUGCUCCGCGAACAGAGACUCCUCUUCGUCCUCGUCGGCAUUGCAAUCGCGACACUUGUUUUCACAAUCUUCCCUCGCUCCUCCACACCCGACGACGAGUCGUACGUUCCGGCGUUCCAGGCCCAGAGGAGGCCCAGCCUCGAGUACCUGAGAGGAGCAGCAACAGGCGGGAAAAUCCCGCUCGGGCUGAAACGCAAAGGGAUGAGAGUGGUGGUGACGGGUGGCGCGGGGUUCGUGGGAUCGCAUCUGGUGGAUCGGCUGAUGGCGAGAGGAGACACGGUGAUCGUUGUUGACAAUUUCUUCACGGGGAGUAAAGAGAACGUGAUGCAUCAUUUCGGUAACCCUAAUUUUGAGCUCAUACGUCACGAUGUCGUUGAGCCGAUACUACUUGAGGUUGAUCAGAUCUAUCACUUGGCCUGCCCUGCCUCCCCUGUUCACUACAAGUUCAACCCCGUCAAGACUAUCAAGACGAAUGUGGUUGGGACGUUGAACAUGCUUGGUCUGGCGAAGAGAGUCGGUGCCAGGUUUCUCCUGACGAGCACCAGUGAGGUCUACGGUGAUCCUCUUCAGCAUCCUCAGGUCGAGACUUACUGGGGCAACGUUAAUCCCAUCGGUGUUCGUAGUUGCUAUGACGAAGGGAAGCGUACCGCUGAGACGCUAACUAUGGACUAUCACCGUGGAGCCAACGUUGAGGUCAGGAUUGCUAGGAUCUUCAACACAUAUGGUCCAAGAAUGUGCAUAGAUGAUGGGCGUGUUGUCAGCAACUUCGUUGCGCAGGCACUAAGGAAAGAACCAUUGACUGUUUAUGGUGAUGGAAAGCAGACAAGAAGUUUCCAGUUUGUUUCUGAUCUGGUGGAAGGGUUGAUGAGAUUGAUGGAAGGAGAACAUGUAGGGCCAUUUAACCUCGGUAAUCCUGGUGAAUUCACCAUGCUCGAGCUCGCUAAGGUGGUGCAAGAGACGAUUGAUCCAAACGCAAAAAUAGCGUUCAGACCAAACACGGAGGAUGACCCUCACAAGAGAAAGCCUGACAUCACAAAGGCCAAGGAACUUCUUGGUUGGGAGCCAAAGGUCUCUCUUCGUCAGGGACUUCCUCUCAUGGUCAAAGAUUUCCGUCAACGUGUCUUUGGUGACCAGAAGGAAGGAUCCUUCGUGACUACCAAAACAACCUCAGCUUAAGCUUAAGAAGUUGCAUGUAGCAGCGAUUACGUUUGGUAGAUGGUUUAUAAUCAAAAAUUCAAGGGAUCGCUUGCAUAGCCUACAUUGUGGAAUGUCGAGAGAGGAGAAUUUCGUUUGUUCAAUUUUAUUUUUGUUUUUUUUCUUAAUUUAUAUUUGAUACUAUAUUCGUGUAAUGUAGAGUAAGAGUUUUGGUGUACUUACUACUAUUAUGCAUGGACCUCACUACAGCUUAAGGAAAACUUGUCUGUCACUUGCAAUUACAAAGUUAAGGGGCAUCA